CAGUGUCCUCCAAUUGGUACUGUGCAAAUUGUUAGGGUUUGCAACCUCAAUUUGCUCUGAAGAAUCUCCAUCUUUCCAUCGACGAUGAAGAAGAACGAGGAACGCAGCGAUAAUCAGAGCAUGAAGAAGAAACAAAUAAUGAUGAAGAAGAAGAACGUUUCGAGGUUGGGCGGAAGUGGCCUUUCGCUCAACGCUUUCGCCAACGCAAAAUUCAAGAACAAUCACUAUAACCCAGCCAUCAUAAAGAAGCAAAGGGAGUUCUAUAAAAAUGCUAAGAAUGUGAAUAAGUUUAAGAAGUUGGUAAAGCAGCAAAACCAGCAGAAUGAACCCUCUUUGGCUCAGAGACAUAUAGAGAAUGUAAAUGAAACUGAAGAGAACAAGGACGAUAGUGAGAGGAGGAAGAGGAAGAAUAGUGCCCUUAGUUUGGAAGAGUUGUACAAGAAGCAGCAUGAAGAGAAGGAGAAAGAAAUAAUGGAGAGAGAGGCUGUCCUGAGGGUAAAGAAGGAAGAGAGAGAACAAGCUGAAGCUCGGAGAAAGGCUAUGCGAGAAAAAAUGCUUAAGAAGACACGAAAAGGGCAGCCUGUUAUGAAAUACAGAAUUGAGCAUCUCUUGGAGACUAUUCAAGGUUCAACUAAAAAUGCAGCUGGCAGUAAAUCCUGAGUCGUGGAGUAGAAAAAGGGCCAAUCGUGACGUCUAUUCGGUGAGCCAGCUUGAGUAGAACAGUUACUGAGGAACGAUGCUCUGCUUAAUGAUAUAUUGACUUCAGCAUAUUUGAUGGGUGCAGUAUACUGUUCAUCACAAUUUUGUUUGUACCAAAAUUGAUGCUAGUAAUAUUUAUGUAGCAGCCGUGAUAAUCACUGUAAGCAGUGAGUACAUUAAGUUGCCAUUUGCGCCAAUAUAGAAACAGAUAAAUAUGAAAUGCGGAAUGUUUAUCAUGCAAACUUUCUUCUAUUUAUCUAAUCUAUUAGUUAUGCAGUUGAGACCUUA